AUGUUGGUCCUCGUCGCCGAGUUGUUUCUCCUUGCAGCCUUGCUUAUUAUCUGCCUCGCUUACUUCGUUUUCCUCAUGCCGCCAAGAUACCCAACCAACAUCCCAGCUGUUCCUUUUUGGGUGGCUCUCAUACCCUUCUUCAAAGACGUCGACCAAUCAGAUAUCUUCCGCAAGUACAUCGAGAGACCGCUCAGGACUCAUGGUGCCGUAAAGCUGUUCUUCGGAGCCCAGUGGAACAUCUUAGUGCACAAGCCAUCAUACCUCGCCGCCAUCUUCAGAGACGAGGACAUUUACCAAAAGAGCGGCAAUCAGAAAAAGAUUCCUCACAGUGUCCUCGCGCACCUCCUUGGUGACAACAUAAUAUCCAGCCACGGAGAGAGGUGGAGAAACUACCGGUCCGUGGUGAAGCCCGGGCUGCAGAGAGACUUCGAGGCCAGAGCAAUUGCCCGCAACGCCGAGCACCUUUGCGGCUUAUUGAGAGAUGCCCAAGUCCGCGCAGGAAACGGGGGUGUGCCCGUCCAGGAGCUACUGCAGCGGUACUCGGUGGCCAACUGUUCCGAGGUGGUACUGCAAAUCAAGCUCGAUGCCCUGACUUCUGCCAACGCGCCCAUCAACUUUCUGCAGACCGAGGUGAAGCGGGAGAUUUUCAAGCCCGUCUUCAUGAACUUCCCUGUUCUUGACCGGUUUCCGUUCCCAAGCCGCACAAGAGCCCGCCGAACCGUUGACAGGUUCAAGCACGAGCUCAGACGUGCGAUUGUCGAGAGCCACGCGAAAGACGCCAUUUUCGCUUCGGCAGCGUCUUCUGACGGCCUAGGCCGGCGGAUGUUGGACGCCAGAGAGUCCGGACUGUGGGACGAAAAGCAGCUGUUGGAUAACCUAACAGUUGCGUUCGUGGCAGGUCAAGAAAACCCACAGCUCUGCAUGAUAUCCACACUAUACCUCAUGGCUAAGCACCCCGAAUCCCAAGCUAAGCUCUAUGCCGAGGCUCAGAGUAAGGGGUUGAUGGAGCGCACAAACCCGGACCCGGACCCGGACCCGGAAAUCCUGCAGGACAUGCCGUACCUGACUUCGCUGAUAUACGAGAGCCUGCGGCUCUUUCCACCGAUUGGUCAGCUAGUCAAUCGGAAGGCAAGCAAGGAUAUCCUACUGGGCGAUGACAUUGUCAUACCCAAGGGGACCUAUCUAGGUUACAACUGCUACUCGACCAACCGGGACCCUGCUGUCUGGGGCCCGAGAGCUGACGAGUUCGACCCGGCUCGGUGGGGAGACUCGCCAUUGGCCAUCCGGAAGCAGUAUCGGCUGCGGAAAGCCAGAGCAGAGUUCAUCAGUUUCCACGGCGGACGCCGCGCCUGCCUGGGGGAGAAGUUUGCCAUGCUGGAGAUGAGGGUCACUCUAGUCACUCUCGUGCGGGAGUUUCGCUGGAGGCUGGACCCAGCUUGGGUGGAUAGAAAGACGCCCUUACGAACCAUGGACUUCUCAAACGAAGGCCAAUCAUUCUACCACCGUCUGCAAGGCGCCUUCGUCACGGAUGGAAAUGGGAGGCUCAUUCACUGCACUGGGCCUCAACGGCAACGGGCCCCGGAUAACCGGGGUUUGAUCCAAUCGGGGUCCCAGUCCCUUGGAGACUCCGGCGACGUUAGGAUCUACCAGGACUGCGAUGCCCGCCAACACAGGACUGUCGUCCUUGUCAACAGCGCGCGCUCCGAUCACGAGGACAUCGCUUUAGACAAGUUUUUUGUGCAGUUGGUUCUCCAUCAAGCUGAUUUCAGCGUACGUUCUCGGCCUCUGAAAACGGCAAAGAACGACCCGAGAGCCGAGCAGAUCGUGGAUCUCUUUGACAGCUAUCUCAGAUACCAGGGUAAGGACGACAAAUGGACGGACGGAGGGCGAACGUAUUUUACAGAGCGUGUCCGUCACUUUACCGCACAAGAGCGCCCCAUCGAGUUCUGCCUGCCUGCGUUUCCCUGCAAGUCGUCCAACAGGGACAAGGUUACGGGGCCCGACCCCGACCGGGGAGAGGAGCUCGCUCUCGAGAGGCUCCACGAUUUCGUCGAGGCCGUCGAGCGAAUGUACGGGCCCGGUGCCAAGCUGUGGAUCAUCAGCGACGGCCAUGUCUUCAGCGAUUGCAUCGGCGUUGACGAUGCCGAUGUGGACGCGUACGGCGAGAAGCUGAAGCAGAUGAACCACUCCAUCGGCGUCCGCAGGGGCAACACGAACCGCGUCGGCUUCAAGUCCCUCGUGGACCUGUUCCGACUUUCAACUUCGGCGGUUGUUGGCGGCCUCCCGGCUUUGGCCCAGCGGCUGAGCCUUCUUCCGACCAUCGACCAUCAUGUCAGCACCAAAUUGACCGAGGAGGCCGAGCUAUGCCGGCGCAUUCUGAUGGCCGGCUGCGGCCCACGGAGAUCGGCCGUCCGUGCAAAGAUUGACUCCAAGGACCCGGCCAUCACCGCGCUCUACCGGGGCUUCUCGCGAUUUAUGCUGGAGGACCUAGAGCAUCACCCCCACACCCGGAACCUAACCAGGUCGCAGCAGAAGAAGCUGUCGGCCAAGGUUGCUUUUGAAAUGAUCUUGAUGCUCUUUCCGAACCACGUCCGCCUGUCCAUCCAUGCACACGACAAUGCGGGUCCCAAAUUCGGUAUCCAGCUCUUUGACCCGUCCCGCGUCCGCGCGGUCCAGACUCUUUCGGCAGACGGCGAGCUCAUGACCUCGCUCGACCUGCUGCACAUCCCCACGCCGUGGCACAACUCGGUCGUGCAGCUGGCCGGGAGCGAUGUCAUUCUCGUCACCAAAGCCAAGCUUGCUAGGGCAGCGCUGACCUCGGGGAGCAUGACGGGCGGGCUGGUCGGCGCCGAGGAGGGAAGGGCCCAUUUCAUGCUCGAGAAGAAGUCUGUCGGCGCUGCUAUCCCCGCCCAGGUUGCACCUCUUCCGCCAGCUUCAUCUGUUGCUACUAUCCCUGCUGAAGGGGUGGUGGAGACAGAGUCUAAGAUGGGCCCUGCGGCGACUGAGACGGCUACUGAUUCGACUACUGCCGCGGUGGAGUUGCCGAGAGCUGCAAACCGCCCUACGGCUGGGAAGCCAAGGAAACCAACCACAAUGUUCGCAGAAAAAGCAGACGAUGUGAUCCGUCGGAGCACGGGCAGUUCGGUCGGUGGGGAGAAAUCAUCCCCUGCGAGCCACACAACGAACUCCUCCUCUUGGCUGGCAAAGCUGCGCUGGGUUCUGUCGCUUUUCGGCCGAAAGAGUCGCGAGAUGGUUGGUCGACACCUGAGACUGGGAACUUGA